UCCACUUACACUCUUUAGGUCAAGAACACCCAAAACCUUCUGCUGCCAUUCUUCUUCACCACUGUUAAUCAGUUCCGCCCUAAACCCUAACUCGCGAACUCAGAUUCUCAAUAAUGGCGGCAUCGUACGAGUACGAAGACGGAGGUUUCCAACAGCAACCGGAUUCAGCCGGGUACGACCCGAAUUUUGUGCCGGAUUCGGUAAAAUCGUUCGUGGUUCAUCUGUACAGGCACAUUAGGGAGAAAAAUGUUUACGAGAUUCACCAGAUGUACGAGUCCUCUUUUCAGACUUUAAGCGAGCGUAUGUUCAAGGAAACUCCAUGGCCUUCAGUUGAUGCCGUUGCGCCUUACGUUGAUAACGACCACGUUUUCUGCUUGCUAUACCGUGAAAUGUGGUUCCGUCACUUGUACGCUAGGCUUUCUCCUACUCUUAAACAGCGGAUUGAUUCUUGGGAUAAUUAUUGCAGCCUUUUUCAGGUUGUGCUGCAUGGUGUGGUGAACAUGCAAUUGCCAAAUCAGUGGUUGUGGGACAUGGUAGAUGAGUUUGUAUACCAAUUCCAGGCAUUCUGUCAAUACCGUGCAAAGAUGAAGAACAAAACUGCGGAGGAGAUUGCAUUGCUGAAGCAAUAUGACCAGGCUUGGAAUGUCUACGGUGUCCUCAACUUCUUACAAGCCCUUGUAGAGAAAUCUACGAUAAUCCAAAUAUUGGAGAGGGAGAAGGAAGGUCUUGAAGAGUUUACUGCUACUGAUGGGUAUGAUUACAGUGGUGGAAGUAAUGUCUUGAAGGUUUUGGGUUAUUUCAGCAUGAUAGGCUUGCUCAGAGUUCAUUGUCUGUUGGGUGAUUAUCAUACUGGCCUGAAGUGCUUGCGUCCAAUUGACAUAACUCAACAAGGUGUUUACACCAGUGUUAUUGGGAGCCACAUAACCACAAUUUAUCACUACGGCUUUGCUAAUCUUAUGUUGAGGAGGUAUGUAGACGCUAUCCAAGAAUUUAACAAAAUCCUUCUAUAUAUUUAUAAGACAAAGCAGUAUCACCAGAAGUCACCCCAGUACGAGCAGAUACUGAAGAAAAAUGAGCAGAUGUAUGCUCUGUUGGCCAUAUCUUUGUCACUGUGCCCUCAAGUGAAACUUGUUGAAGAAACUGUCAAUUCUCAAUUAAGGGAGAAGUAUGGUGAGAAGAUGGCGAGAAUGCAAAGAUAUGAUGAUGAGGCUUUUGCCCUCUAUGAUGAACUCUUCUCAUAUGCAUGUCCAAAGUUCAUUACUCCCUCUGCUCCAAGUUUUGAGGAGCCUCUUGUAAAUUACAACCAGGAUGCGUAUAGGCUACAGUUGAAGCUCUUCCUUUAUGAAGUGAAGCAGCAACAAUUGUUAGCUGGUGUUAGGACCUUUUUGAAAGUCUAUUCAACAAUCUCCCUGGGGAAGCUUGCAAAUUACAUGGAAGUGGAUGAACCCACUUUAAGGACAAUUUUGAUGACAUACAAGCACAAAACACAUGCUGUCGAUUCCGAUGGGAAGAUAACUUCUAAUGCUGAUGUGGACUUCUACAUUGAUGAAGACAUGAUCCGCGUAGUAGAAUCUAAACCCGCCAAGAAGUAUGGAGAUUACUUCUUGCGUCAGAUUGUGAAGCUUGAAGGGAUCAUGACUGAUAUUGACAGGAUAAAGCUGGAGUAAGCUAUCUUCCUAUGUUCUAGUAUUAGUGCUAGCUUAUUUUGAGCUUUCAUUUUUGUACUCGAAAGCAAGAAGGAAAAUGCAUAAAGUGGAAAAAGUAUACAUUUUGUUGUUCCCCCUCUGAGACUGUGUUACCGGAAGUUGUUGAUUAAUGACCAGUUAAAUCCAUUUUUUUCUAGUGUUGUAAUCUCUUAAUACAAGGUUGGCUUUUGUUAAAAGUUGAAAACCUUGGAGCUUUGGGUUCAGCUGACAACAUUAACUGCUUGCAUUA